GACUGUCUUGACCAGGGCGCCCAGUGCUGCCGACUGCCGAGCAGCCGGGGAAUGCCGAUGUUCCCUGCUGGAGAAUCCAGGCUGCCGGCUGCGAUCGACCCUGGAGGGGGGCACAGCUCACCCCCUCCGUUCCCCAUUCCAAGGCUGAAACGGGGUUUCAUUCCUGGGUUUGCCCAGCUGCCCUCCAAGCCCCGGGGUGUGCUGCCAAGCAAAGAAGGAGCUGGGUUUCCAGGGCUUUCCAGCUGCUAUCUCCACUUGGACACCCAGAGAGUCCAGAGGCAGGAGCUGGAAGUGGGAUAUGCAGGAUUCCAUGGCGCCUGGGCUCUCUUCGAGACAAAUAAGUUUUAUAAAAGUGGCUUAAUUCUGCUGAAAAUGCUGAGAGUUCUCCAGUCACCUCUUUCCUCUGCAUCUGUCCGUGCUGAACGCUAGAUGGGGCGUCAGACACAGGCUUUGGUCCAGGCGAGAGCAGUUUCUGCGGAGAACUGAGUCAUGUUUGAGAAAAACAGAGAAGUGUGGACGCCCAUCUGCAGAGCUGACAGCUUGUGUUGCAAAACGUGAUUUCUUGGGAUACACAGUAACCCAGCCUGCGGCUGCUGAGGGAUCACAGAGAGCCAGAGCUAUGAGAGCCAUUCCAGCAAAACAGCCGAAGUCAUCCUACAAAGGAAGGUGGAGGGUUUGGAUAAAGAAAUCAGGCUGUUCAGCUGGGAUCUGCAGAUUCUCAUCUGCCCAUCUGAUUACAGUGGACUGGUUGCCUUUUAUUUAUUUUGUUACAGUGUGAGCCAGUUGCCUUGCUCACCGCUCAGGCUUCAGCAGGUAUUUCACCAUUCCCCUGUAGAAUCAGUGUGGUCCAACAAACAUAGACAUGGACUGUCACCCCUGAAUCCCUCUGGGAUAAAGGGUAGUGCCAUGUUGUCUUGCAAAGGGUGAAUCAGUUUCACAGCAGAGUCUUUUCUGACUGAUGUAUGAAGGGGGUGAGAUGUCCUGAGCAAAUUUUUCAUGGUGCUUUCAUGUGUUUUCACAAGGGCUCAACAGCUUGGAAGGGACUGCAUCUCCUAAGACACAGAUGGGAAAUGCAAAGUGAUAUGCUAGAAGCAGCACAGAGAAGGAGAAUUACCUCAUCUGCAAAAAGAAGGGGUAGCAUGAGAUACAUCUAUAGAUCUCCUUUCCAUGUGGGAGGGAGGUGGCAUAUAUUUCCUAUACAACCAUAGGACGUAUGCUGCAUAACAGGUACCAGAUGGGUGUUUAAAUAAUCUUCAGCUGCUGCAUGUCAUGCUGUUAUCUCAUUAUCCGUUACAAGUUAAAUGGGUUCAAGCUGGGCCUGGACAUGGAUGAGAUGUCUAAUAGGGGUGGUGAGGCUGACAUUGAUGGCAAUUUCCUUGAACAACAGUCUGGAAGCUCCAAGUGGAGCACAGACCCUGCACCACAAAGUCCACAGUGCAAUGUUUUGUGCCUGGUGUGUUGAACACAUUGUUCCUCAACACCCUCCUGUGCCCUAGGCACAGAACUGGCAUCCUGUCGUGCCUUGAUGUUGCCCUCCUGACCAGCACAGUGGUGAGGUGGUUGGCCACCAGUGGGUCAUCUUAAACCAGCUGCCACAAGCUGAAAGUGCUGAAAAUCUGCAGCAGAGAAGAACUUUAGGUAGGUGUUCAAUGUGCAAUAGGCUUGGGGUGUCUGUGAUUUAGGAUGUUGAUCAGCAGUGAAAGUGGUGAGGUGAAAAGGAGAGGGUGUGGAAAAGGGAAGGAUGUUGCAGAGAGUACUGGAAGCAGAAUGGUAGGAAUUUGGGGAUCAGUGGUAUGAGCUGGAAGAUACAGGGUGUUUGCAGUGGGUAAAGUGGGGUGCUAAAGCUGUUGUGGUAGAGGAGGCAAUGGAGAUAUGGGGCAUCUGUGUUGCAAAACAAGAGAUAAGGGAUGCAGAGAUGGAAUACUCAAGGCCGAGGGUGAGGAGAGAGAAAAGCCUCAGAUGAGAUUUUUGCCUGGCCUGACCCCGCUUCCGGUGUGUUGGAAUUUCCUGCCACCUGCAAUUUGAUUGGUUUAAAGUCAGCAUUUUCAGGACUUUAGGCUGGCUUACUUUGAGCUCUGUGGCAGAGAGCUCAGAGAAUCUGGGAUCUGGCUGGUUAUCAGGGCUCUCAGAGCAGCAUCACAAGGCAGUAGACCUCCCAGCUGGCUGGUGAGCCAAGGAAAAUGUCUCCAGCCAGGGGACAGGGUGCCAGGAAUCAGGGCUGCAGCCCCAUCUUCAGUUCAUGGAGUGCAAGAGUUUUCCAGGCAUUUGCAAACCCAGAGGAUGCCCUGCGCAAUGGGGGGCUGCAGUUCUGCCGCGAGGACCCUGAUGUGGAGCGAUGCCGCAGGGCCCACCGCAAUGACAUGGAGAACAUCUUUCCCUUCCUCUUCCUCGGAGCCAUCUACUCCCUGCUGGAUCCCAGUCCCACAGUGGCCAGGAUCCACUUCCUCAUCUUCUGCGUGGGGCGGAUCGUGCACACCAUUGCCUACCUGCUGCAGCUCAGGGCACCCACCCGCUCCGUGGCCUACAGCCUGGCCCAGCUGCCCUGCUUCUCCAUGGCCCUGCAGAUCCUGCUGGCCACCACCCCGUACUGGUGCUUCAAGCCCGAGGAUCCGUCCCACCUCUGAGCACAGGACACACCUCUUCCUUACCUGCCUGCGCCACUCCCCGGAUCUCUCGUCACCCACGCCGUACCCUGGUGGGAUCUGGACCGAGAUUCUUUCUUGGACAGCUUACCUUUAACACAGAUCACUCUUCCUUUGCUGCCCUCCCAACAUGCCCAUUCCCUCUAGCAGGUGGGAUUUUAAUACACAAAUCCCCUUAUCCCUCUUGAGGAUCUGAGAUUCCCGUGACUUGUAGAGAGAAUGAGAGGAGCCAGCUCUACGGGCAUGAGCAUCCAGGAGUCUCAUGGAGAAGAGAGCAGCAGGGAAGCGCUGUUCUCUGGCACACGAGGAUGAAGUUGGCACCGGGAAAACUUUUUCCACCAGGGUUUUUUCUAAUAGAACUGUGGGGCUGAGCUGUGUGACAUCCCCUGCUUGAGACAUGGGGCUCGGGAUGCGGCGGGGUGCGGAGCAACGAUGCGGGGCUUGAGAUGCGGCGGGGUGCGGAGCGAAGCGGCGCUGCGGGAUUCGGAAUGCGGCGGGGUGCGGAGCAGCGCUGCGGGGUUCGGGAUGCGGCCGGGUGCGGAGCAGCGCUGCGGGGCUCGGGAUUCGGCGGGGUGCGGAGCAGCGCUGCGGGGUUCGGGAUGCGGCCGGGAGCGGAGCAGCGCUGCGGGGCUCGGGAUGCGGCCGGGUGCGGAGCAGCGCUGCGGGGCUCGGGAUGCGGCCGGGAGCGGAGCAGCGCUGCGGGGUUCGGGAUGCGGCCGGGUGCGGAGAAGCGCUGCCGGGCUCGGGAUGCGGUCGGGUGCGGAGCAGCGCUGCGGGGCUCGGCCCGGGAUGCGGCGGGGUGCGUUGCGCUGGGCUGCAGCACCCUCGUGUGGCUGCGGGACAGUGCGGGGGGACACGGGGACCCUGCCCGGGCACCACACCCGCGGAUCCUCCGCCCUCCCGUCUGCUGGGCAGAGAGCUGGGGGUGCGCAUGGAGGUGUUUGGGAGGGAGGGAAGGUGCCGUUCCCUGGGGAGCGGGUUGAGGGGGAGGAGGCUGGUAUCUGCUCCAGUGCCCAUCAGCCUCUCCAAAGCAAGCAGAUGCGAUGCCUGUGUCCAGGGGGAUCCUCCCAUCACCGCAGACUUGCUCUUUGGGAGUCACCUGGUUGAAAACAGUGGUUUGAGGGAGGAAACAGUUUGUAAAUGUCCCUGCAAACUUCCCCUGCUUCUGAAGUUGUAGUGUAUGGAUACAACGUUGUGCAUCUUCAUGCAAUAGCUCUUCCUUACACGUGAUAAAUGUUCUUGGGCUUUGUGACACCAGCUAUCAAAGGAACCUUUGCUUCCUCCCUCCUUCCCAGGUAAUUAUAAAGCAUUACACCUCUGUGCACAGCUACCCUCCAGCUUCUCUGCUGCCUUAGGUUGCUUCCCUGUGGGGAUGGGAAGAAGAAGUAGCGAGCAAAAUAUCUGCUGCAGGGAGGAGAUGCUCCUUCCAUAUGGAAUGUAGAGUUUGGGGGGAGCAUCACAGCCCCCAGGACAGAAGCACUACUCUAAAGGUCAGGAGGGGCUCUGCUGCUGGGAGGUGACACGUUGCUGUCAUAGGAACAUGUGUUCCUGCAGUUUGUGGAUGGUGCCAGCAGGACUCAGAGGGUCUUCAGGCCUUCCCGUUGCCACCAGAGGGAGAAAGGCUCAGCAGCACAAGGAUGAAGGGAAAGGAGGAUACUGUAACCACGAGAUGUCUGUAAUUCAUUCUGGAUGGGGAUAACCAGGCGGGUGUCCCCGUGAGCUGGAAAAUGUGAGCUCUGUUUUGUCUUGCUGCUGUUGCAGUCAAUGCUGAUGACAACACAAAAUUGUUCUCAUUAAAAUAUUCUAGGGGCAAACUUCAA